CUUCUCGUUCUUAUUCCAACUUCCUCAGAAGUCUUUUUAGGGAGCAGCAGAAAAUGGAUGCCCUUCAUCCCCUGGUGACUCAGGAUAGCGAAGCUUAUAAUGAUCACUCCUCCCUUUCCCUUCUUCUUUCUCCAUCCUUUCCAUUCUCUAUCAUUCUCUAUCAUUCUCUAUUCCCCCCUAGUUGUCAUCGUCGCUGUCUUCUUUUCCCGGCCUAUUCGAUAUGCGGCAUUUCCAACCUACACCAAACGCUUCAUUAGAUGACAGCAAUACGUCAGACACUGAGAGCUGCUUCGAUACAGAGGGUGAACACAAGGAAUCCGAUGUCGAUACUGAGCCGACUGAUAUUGAUUCCGAUAUUGAAGGAUACAACGACACAGAUCUGGCAUGGAUUGCUGGAGAGGACAACGCCCACCCGCCAGAAUACUACCUUGAUCAAGAGAAUAACUCAGAUGAAUCCAAGGAUGAAGAUGAGGACUACAGCGCUAAUAGUAUCCUCCUCCUUGAUAUGAUUGAGUCACAAUUCAUUCGGUAUAUACCCUAUUCUCUUUAACUGCUGUCUUCUACUAUUGAAUCGAUAACCUAACUCUCUUUAAAGGUACUGUAAAUAUAUACAAAAGGACCCGGUCCAGGUGAUGCAGGCUAUCUCUCUCAGUACUCUCAGGGCCUUCUUUGACUGGAUGUUGAAUCAACGCCGAGGAAAGGGUGGGAGGAGGCUUGCAGGUAUCAAGUCGGCCAAUACCCUCGGGACAUACUGGAAAGUCUUCCGGCUUGUACACGAAAAGGCGGUUGGCGAGAAGAUCGAGGGCAAAAUAAAUCGGAAAAUGCAUCGUGUAAGUAGGGCUUUUUUUCCACCCGCUGUAUCCUGUCCAAAGUAUCCUAGAUCAGAGGCUGACAAACAUUCACGUCUUUUUAUAGGUCCUAAGGAAGCUGGUAAAGGAACACGGAUUGACGACGGAGAAGCGUGAGAAGACGGCGAUGUAUAUCGAGGAUCUCGCAGGAGUCCUCCAGACCAACCUCACGACAACAAGGAAGAAGUACACGCACGGCCGACACCGUAUACAACUCGCCCUCUUCCACCACCUGGCUGCCUUCUCUGGAAACCGACCUUCAGCACUCCUGAACCUCUGCUAUCGUCAUAUUAUCGUGACUCUGCUCCGGGACCCGAAGGGCGGACCCCAUCGGAUCCUAAUUGAAUUUACAUGCGAGUUCACAAAGCAGUAUCUCGGCAUGAAAGAUGCGUAAGUUUCACCUGUGCCUUUUUCACCUUCCCAAAUCCCUUCUAGUUUUACUGCGCAAUGCAUUGCUUACAAAGAAACUAGGAAUACGUUCCCACUCCCCGAGAUUAUCUUCGACCCGUCCCUUAUCCUUAGUCCACACGUCGCCUUACUGGGCCUUAUUCUUGCAGAUAAAGCAUUUUUGGCCCCGAAUCUCACGUCUGCAGAGAAGAUCAGUGGUUUGGAUAUUCGGCCUGGAUAUGAGCAGCUGCCCUUGCACUUAAAACCGGAAAAGGCCAACAUCCCCGUCUUCCGCAAGUCUAUCAAGACGGUCUAUGGGUGGGAGAUCUUACCAGAUCAGCAAUUGCCAUACUCCACGCUCUUACCGUGGAUGAAGAAGCUUGGCGUGCUCACGGGGUUUCCACAGAUUACGCGCCCAUAUGGUCUCCGAUAUGGUGCAGGCAAUGCAUUCAACCAGAGUGGUUCGUUGCUUGGACCCGCUUAGCAUCCCCUCUUCCCUGUAGCAAAACAUGCUAACUGUAGACGAAUAGGUGACGUGAGCGAUGCGCUCCAGAAUAUGAUGCUACAGCAUGCUAAGAUUGACACCUUCAUCAAGCACUACCUCCCGCGGCGGGUUACUGCUGACACUAGAGCUAUCGUCUCCGGCUAUGAACCUCAGCACGACCUGAUGCGGGCAGCCUGUCGGAUGACUCGAUGGAUUGAUCCUGACCGACCACAGGAACUCACACUCGAGCAAUCCCUAUCAGUCAAUCAAGAUCUCUAUAUCUCCCGCCUUGUUAUACAGCGAGAGAAGUGGAAACGCCGCUUCAAGGGCACGGUGACACAACAGCCUGGGUAUCGAAUCCUAAGCUGCAAGAUCUUCAAUGCAAGGCAGCGGCAAAGGGUUGUAGCUCUGAAGCAAAUUCAAGAUCGGUGGGAUCUGGAACACCCUGUUGAUGAGAUUGAACGGCAGCUCUCUGGGCUCAAGUUCAAACAGGAAGUGAAGACUACUCUGGACCUGGAUGAGGAUAUGCCCCCGAUCCAGAAGCGCUUAGUUGAGACGAUAAUGACUCUGCCAGGAGCGACUUUAGAGGAAGAGUUUCGCCGGCGCAACGCUGCCAUCAAUGCGGUCGCUGCCUACUGUAACUUCCAGGAGGGUGGAGCUGUUGCCCGACCCCGUGGAAAGCCGACCAACCCGGAGCAGGAAGCCGCCGAGGCCAAGAAGCGAGCGCUGAGCGCCGCUAUGUUAUCAGUGUAUACAGAGAAGAGACCGACCAUCUGCUUCGUAUGCUUAGGGGAGGAAGGUUUGCUAUUCGAGAAGCGUGUGUAUUCAUUUGCGAGUCCGGGAGACCUAACCAAGCAUUUUAAGCGGAAACAUUUGUCUAAUAUUACGCAAGGCAACAUGGUUGGGUGCAAGGUCUGUCGGAUGUCCUUAGAUCACAUGAUGCACCUCCAGAAUCACGCAGCGAGGAUUCACGGGACAAUUUCUUAA